AUGAAAAGUCUGGUCUAUGCCCUGUGCUUCGCCAGCGCUGUUGCUGCUAGCAACAGCACAGGCACGGCGACAGUCGACCUCAAUGUCAAGCGUGGCCCGCCCUCUCACCUCGCUUCAGGCUUCAUCUACGGCAUCCCCGAUACCCCCAACCAGGUCCCCGCCCACUGGUACACCGACAUGGGCUUCCGAUACGGCCGCGCAGGCGGUGCGCAGCUAGGGGCCCCCGCGCGAGGCUGGAUCUGGGGCAUCGACGAGUACCAGGGCCGUCUCAACUCGACCCUGUCGAAUUACCGCACCUGUCGUCAGUACGGCGCCGACUUUAUCAUCUUGCCGCACGACAUCUGGGGCACCGACCACGCCAACGACUCAACAAUCUGGCCCGGCGACAACGGCGACUGGACCGACUACGACAACUUCAUCCGCCGACUGAUGGCCGACCUGAAGGCGAACAACGCCCUGGACGGCCUCGUCUGGGAUGUUUGGAACGAGCCCGACAUCUCCAUCUUCUGGACGCGCAGCCAGCAGCAGUGGAUCGAUCUGUACAUCCGCACGCACAAGCUUCUCCGGCAGGACCCCGACUUUGACCGUGUUCAGAUCUCAGGUCCCACCCUGGCCUUCCGUCCCUUCCCCAACAAUACCUGGUGGACGAACUGGCUGGACCAGAUUGCAGGUAACCAGACUAUCCCGGACCAGUACGCCUAUCAUCUGGAGGGCGAUCCAUCCUCGCCGGAUGAUGACCUCCAGAACACCAACGCGUCCCUGGCGGCGAUGCUGCAGACGUACCGGCUUCCGUCGCGGCAGAUCAACAUCAACGAGUACGCGACAUUCGCAGAGCAGAUUCCCGCAGGCGCGGCAUGGUGGAUCUCCCGGCUCGAGCGCUAUGAGGCGUACGGGCUGCGCGGGAACUGGCAGAGCGGAACCAUGCUGCAUGAUCUUUUUGCUAAUCUCCUGACCAAGAAGUCGGACCCUUCCAACUACACGGCGACAGACUACGUAUCGGCGCCGGAGUACCCGGUGUACAGGUACUACUACCGGAACAUGACAGGCCAGCGGGUGCAGACGACGGGCUCCGAGGAUCGCCUGCUGGACGUGUAUGCCACUGUCGACAAGGACAAGGUGCGUAUCUUGGCGGGUGUGCGCCUGGCCACUGGCACCUGGCAAGUCACGGUCAAUUCACUCAGCGCCGUGGGCCUACCCAGUGCGGGGACGUUGAACAUCCAGACCUGGGGUUUUGAUGGAGACUCGGUGUGGGAGGAGGUCGACCGUCCAGAGGAUCUUGGUGUUACCGCGCAUACCUACAGCGGGGAUUCGGUGACGUUUCCAAUCUACCAGACGGACAAUCAUACGGCGUGGGCAUUUGAAUUCGACGUUGCUUGA